AGGUAAGAAUAUCGACUAAGAACUAAUAAUGUUGCUGCGUUGUUUACAAUAUAACGUUGAUAAAACCUGUAUACAAACAGGCUAAGAAUGCUCUCUUACAGCCAGCGAUAGCGGAAAUAUAUAACAAGCGCGUGAUUUUCAUGCUCUGUGAUGUAAAUUUCUGCAGUGUGUAACAGACAACAUUAGAUCUAUAGAACAACAUGUGCUCUCACACUAACAGUGAAAGUCCAAACAAUCGCCUGACUCCUUUUCGCGUGGAAUUAUCUUCAUGUGUGUUCCGAAGUCUACUUUGUUGCAGUCUAAAUUUAGAUAGUCCUCUGAAAGAAGUACAGGGUGGAAUUCCCUUCCGUGGAUUUGUAUGUGGGAAGUUCCAGCCGUCCACUGGAUUAGUUUCCCUCCUGGACCCGACCAUGGAUGGUAUACCCCCACCCGCUCCCUACGCUGACAAACCCAGUCGGAGAGAUCGAUAUAGGAGGAUCCGGACAAGGGCUACCAAGGAACCAGGAUACGGAAACCAUUCUGGGACAGAUUACAUCCGGACAGUGGGACCUUCACUUUCCUGUCCAAAUAGUAAGUGAACAGUUAUUAUUAAGACAAA